AUGAAGGUUGCGUUUGGCUCUGCGUUGCUGUCGGCUUUUGCCUUGCAGCGCGCUUCCGCUUCUUUCAACUUCCCCGGGUUUCCCGGGUUUCCAGGUUUCCCCGGUUUCCCCGGCUUCCCCGGCUUCCCAGGUUUCCCAGACCCUUCUCCUAGCGAUCACCCAGGUUAUCCCGUCGAGCCAACACCCACAGAUUAUCCUGUUGAGCCUUCACCGACAGAUUAUCCCGUCGAGCCUACACCGACAGAUUACCCUGUGAGCGCUGAGCCUACAACCACAGAUUAUCCUGUCGAGCCAACACCCACAGAUUAUCCUGUUGAGUCUACACCCACAGAUUACCCUGUGAGCGCUGAGCCUACACCCACAGAUUAUCCUGUCGAGCCAACACCCACGGAUUAUCCUGUUGAGUCUACACCCACAGAUUACCCUGUCGAGCCUACACCCACAGAUUACCCUCCUACACCCACAGAUUACCCUGUCGAGCCUACACCCACAGAUUAUCCUGUCGAAUCUACACCCACAGAUUACCCUGUGAGCGCUGAGCCUACACCCACAGAUUACCCUGUGAGCCCUGAGCCUACACCCACAGAUUAUCCUGUCGAGCCAACACCCACGGAUUAUCCUGUUGAGUCUACACCCACAGAUUACCCUGUCGAGCCUACACCCACAGAUUACCCUGUGAGCCCUGAGCCUACACCCACAGAUUAUCCUGUCGAGCCAACACCCACGGAUUAUCCUGUUGAGUCUACACCCACAGAUUACCCUGUCGAGCCAACACCAACAGAUUACCCUGUGAGCCCUGAGCCUACACCCACAGAUUACCCUGUGAGCCCUGAGCCUACACCAACAGAUUACCCUGUGAGCCCUGAGCCUACACCCACAGAUUAUCCUGUCGAGCCAACACCCACGGAUUAUCCUGUUGAGUCUACACCCACAGAUUACCCUGUCGAACCAACACCAACAGAUUACCCUGUGAGCCCUGAGCCUACACCCACAGAUUACCCUGUGAGCCCUGAGCCUACACCCACAGAUUAUCCUGUCGAGCCAACACCCACGGAUUAUCCUGUUGAGUCUACACCCACAGAUUACCCUGUCGAGCCUACACCCACAGAUUACCCUGUCGAGCCUACACCCACAGAUUAUCCUGUCGAAUCUUCACCCACAGAUUACCCUGUGAGCCCUGAGCCUACUCCGACAGAUUACCCUGUGAGCCCUGAGCCUACACCAACAGAUUAUCCCGUCGAGCCUACAUCCAAGGAUUAUACUGUCUCCCCUGCUCCUACCGAUGCUACGGACUAUCCUGUGAGCCCCGCUCCUACUGAUGCUACGGACUAUCCUGUGACCCCUGAGCCUACACCCACUGAUUAUCCUGUCUCCCCUGCUCCUACUGAUGCUACGGAUUAUCCUGUGAGCCCCGCUCCUACUGAUGCUACGGAUUAUCCUGUGAGCCCCGCUCCUACUGAUGCUACGGAUUAUCCUGUGAGCCCCGCUCCUACUGACGCUACGGAUUAUCCUGUCUCCCCUGCUCCUACCGAUGCUACGGAUUAUCCUGUGAGCCCCGAGCCUACACCCACUGAUUAUCCUGUCUCCCCUGCUCCUACUGAUGCUACGGAUUAUCCUGUCUCCCCUGCUCCUACCGAUGCUACGGAUUAUCCUGUGAGCCCCGAGCCUACACCCACUGAUUAUCCUGUCUCCCCUGCUCCUACUGAUGCUACGGAUUAUCCUGUCUCCCCUGCUCCUACCGAUGCCACGUCCAAUUGCCUGUGA